UAUUUUCAAUUUUCAACCACUUUUUUUAAACGUUCAACUUGGCAAAUUGCUUCUGAUCAAGCGGAUGCGGAAGCGCUGCCAAUUCAACUACCUGGCUAUGUCAACAUUGAAUGGACGACCUGUCGUCUGCAUGUCAAAGUCGGCAACAUGAAAACCGAAACUAGAUCUAGCAAUAUAGACGAGGACUUUGUGCUUGCCAAAAAUCUUGGUGGUGGUCCACUGGGUUUAGGUGACCCAGACGAUCGGUCCCUUCGUAAGGCGGAACGAGAGAUCAUGAUCCCUCAGAAGAUGAAGGCCACAGCCAAAUCGGGCCGGUGCUCCGGUGUAGUCAGAG